CUUACUUCCCAGUCCUAUUACCACAACAGCAUAAUGUCAUCUACCGCCAAAGGCCGGCCAUCCCGGCGCUCUGUUCCGCGCAGAAGUUAUGUGAUGGAGGAGACCACCUCCGACGAGGAGGAUUCCGGAAAUGUCACCCCCACCGCAUCCCACACCAACGACGACGACGACGACGAUGAUGACGACGAUACCGAAGAAGAAUAUACCCCCGUCCCAAAGAAAGCUAAUGCAGGAAGGAGAUCCUCACGGCGAGCGACCUCGGAGAUCCCCACCCCGAGCACCGCCCACACUGCACGAAAACCCCGAAUGUCAGAGACCCCAGAACAAUCGGAGGAGGAAUCGCAAGUGGGCGACAUCGAUGAGGAAGGCGAUACGAUGAUGGGAGAACCAGAUUCUCCUUCUGAAAAUGCUGCGGCAAAAAGAAACAAGCCUUCAGUUUCGCCGCAUCCCCAAUCGCCGUCGCCGUCGCCGUCGCAGCGAAACAGCGGGCCCCCGCUUGCUGAUAUCACCGAGUCCGCCGUCAACAGCCAGACGCCGUCGAAGCCUGCCGAGGACCCGAAACCGAUUUCGAUCAUCAAUCCGAAUACGACCGUGCUCGACAAACCCAUGGAUAUCAUGCUCAAAUCGCGGAACCUAACUGCACCGACGCAGCCGGAGGAGCCAGCCGCCCCCAAAAGUCGCUUGAUCAUUACGACCUUGGUUCUGACAAACUUCAAGAGUUAUGCUGGGGAACAGAUUGUCGGACCCUUCCACGCCUCGUUCUCCUCCGUUGUCGGCCCGAACGGAUCGGGAAAGUCAAACGUGAUCGAUGCGCUACUAUUCGUGUUCGGUUUCCGCGCUAGCAAGAUGCGACAAGGCAAGAUUUCUGCUCUAAUUCACAACUCGGCUGAUUUCCCCAACCUGCCCUUCUGCGAGGUGGCGGUUGAUUUCCGGGAGGUCAUGGAUCUCCCCGACGGCACGCAAGAAGAAGUCCCAGAUUCCCAACUGAUUGUCUCUCGACGAGCAUUUAAAAACAACACGAGCAAAUAUUACAUGAACCGCAAGGAAACGAACUUCACGGCAGUGACGACCUUGCUUCGCGAGCGGGGCAUCGAUCUGGAUCACAAACGGUUUUUGAUUCUGCAAGGUGAAGUGGAGUCGAUUGCACAGAUGAAGGCCAAGGCUAGCAAUGAGCACGAAGAUGGACUUCUGGAGUACUUGGAGGAUAUUAUCGGGACGUCGCAGUACAAGACGCCUAUCGACGAAGCGGCUGCGGAGCUCGAGACGCUCAACGAUGUCUGUGUUGAAAAGAACAACCGUGUUCAGCACGUCGAGAAAGAAAAGACCGCCCUGGAAGACAAAAAGGACAAGGCGCUGUCUUACAUCCGCGAUGAGAAUGAACUGACCCAGAAACAGUCUGCGCUGUAUCAAAUCUACAUCGACGAGUGUUCCGACAACCUGCGUGUCACGGAAGAGGCCAUCCUCCAGAUGCAGGAGCUGCUAAACCUCGAGCUUGAGAAGCACGAAGGCAACGAGUCGGGAAUUAAAGAGCUCGAGAAGGCAUACAAGCGCGGCAUGCGCGAGUACGAGAGCAUGGAGAAGGAGAUGCAGGCCCUGUCCAAGGAAAUGUCCAAGUACGACAAAGAAACCGUCAAGUUCGAGGAAAAGAAGAAGUUCCUGGUGGGCAAGCAGAAAAAGCUGGAGAAAUCUAUGAAUACUACUCGGCUCGCGGCUUCGGAGUGUCAAAGUUUGGUGGACAAGCACAUGAGCGACAUUGAGAAAAAGACAAAAGAGACUGAGCAGUUUGAAUCGGAGAUGGCUACCGAAGAGGCAGAACUGGCCACGAUCCGAGAGGGCUUGAAGGGCAAAACACAGGGUCUCUCUGAUGAGAUCACCACCAAGCAAAGAUCUCUUCAGCCAUGGGAUGAGAAAAUCAACAAGAAACUUUCCGCAGUUGCGGUGGCCCAAAGUGAACUCGACAUCCUUCGUGAGAGGAGCAACGCCGGCACUGUCUUGCUUGAAGAAGCGCAGGCGAAGGUGGGGUCAAUUGAGGAGACUCUCGCGACCAAGGAAGCCGACCUUGACGAACGGAAAGCGCAAAAGUCUACUCUCGAAGAGGAACUGGCCAAGCUCCGGAGCGAUCUCAAGAAGUACUCGCACAGAGAGCCUGAAGUCCGCUCGCAUGUCUCCACCGCCAGACAACGAGCCGAGGAAGCGAGGGCUAGUCUUGCGAGUACCCAAAAUCGUGGCAGCGUGCUCUCGGGUCUGUUGCGUCUCAAGGAGUCGGGUCGUAUCGAAGGUUUCCAUGGACGACUUGGAAACCUCGGCACGAUUGAUGAGCAAUACGAUGUUGCAAUUUCGACUGCCUGCCCUGCACUUGAAAACAUGGUCGUCGACACGGUUGAGGUCGGCCAGCACUGCAUUGAUUACCUGCGGAAGAAUAACCUUGGGCGCGCCAACUUCAUUCUCUUGGAUCGCUUGCCUCGUCGAGAUAUGUCUUCAGUUUUUACGCCUGAGAGUGUUCCUCGAUUAUUCGAUCUAGUCAAACCCAAGGACCCCAAAUUUGCCCCAGCCUUUUAUAGCGUGAUGCAGAACACAUUGGUCGCAAAGGAUCUAGAGCAAGCCAACCGUAUCGCCUAUGGUGCUCGACGGUGGAGAGUGGUCACAUUGGACGGACAGCUCAUUGAUACAUCGGGUACCAUGAGUGGUGGUGGUACGCGCGUUGCUCGUGGCGCCAUGUCAUCGAAGCAAGUGGCAGACGUCAGCAGAGAACAAGUAACCAGCAUUGAGGGGGAUCUGGAAGAUAUGGAACGGAAAUUCCAAGCCUUCCAGGAAAAGCAACGACACAUCGAGACAGCGAUGAGAGAAAAAUCCGAGGAGAUCCCUCGUAUCGAAACCAAGAUCCAGAAGAUUAUGAUCGAGAUCGACAGCACCAAUCGCAGUCUUGCGGAUACUCAACGGCGAAUUACUGAAUUGAGCGCUGCCCACAAGCCAUCCAAGACCGACGCCAGCCAAGCCGCGAAUCUCGAGCGUCAAAUCUCUUCGCUAGAAGAAGAGAUUGAAGCUCUCCGUGAGCAGAGGGGUGGGAUCGAAGAAGAGAUUCAGACUCUGCAGAAUAAGAUCAUGGAGGUUGGCGGUGUGAGACUCCGGAGUCAAAAGGCCAAGGUCGACGGUCUCAAGGAGCAAAUCGGACUUCUGGCCGACGAGAUCUCCAAUGCCGAGGUCGGCAAGUCCAAGAAUGAGAAGCAAAUCACCAAGCACCAGAACGCACGCAACGAUGCUGAGAAGGAGCUUGAGCAUAUUGCCCGCGAGCUUGAGAAGCUGAACCACGACGUUGAACACCAGGCCGACGAUGCGUCCGGGUGGAAGCAGAAGGUGGAGGAAUCCGAAGAAGCCCUUGAAUCUAAGAAGGGAGAGCUCAAGUCUCUAAAGAGUGAGCUAGACGGCAAGGUUUCCGAGCUUAACGAGACGCGCGCCACGGAGAUUGAAAUGCGCAACAAACUCGAAGAGAACCAGAAGGCCUUAUCCGAAAAUGAAAAGCGCCGACGAUACUGGGAGGAGAAGCUGUCUAAGCUGACCUUGCAAAACAUCAGCGAUUUCACCGAGGACCAGCAGCCCGUGGAGCUCCAAAUUUACACCAAGGACGAACUGGCCGAGAUGAACAAGGAGUCCCUGAAAGCAGUCAUAGCCGCCCUGGAAGAGAAGAGCCAGAACUCCUCCGUCGAUCUGUCCGUCAUCGAAGACUACCGCCGUCGAACGGCCGAACACGAAGCGCGCUCGGCGGAUCUAUCCACGGCCCUGGCGUCGCGCGACAGCGCCAAAUCUCGCCUCGAUGGUCUGCGAUCCGCGCGACUCAACGGCUUCAUGGAAGGCUUCGGCAUCAUUUCUCUCCGUCUGAAGGAAAUGUACCAGAUGAUCACGAUGGGCGGUAACGCGGAGCUGGAGCUCGUGGAUUCGCUGGACCCCUUCUCCGAAGGCAUCCUGUUCUCGGUCAUGCCGCCGAAGAAGAGCUGGAAGAACAUCGGCAAUCUGUCCGGUGGUGAGAAGACGCUGUCGAGUUUGGCACUGGUCUUCGCCCUGCAUCACUACAAGCCGACGCCGCUGUACGUGAUGGACGAGAUUGAUGCCGCGUUGGAUUUCCGCAACGUGAGUAUUGUUGCGUCGUAUAUUAAGGAGAGGACCAAGAAUGCUCAGUUCAUUGUUAUUUCUUUGAGAAACAACAUGUUCGAACUCGCAUCCCGCCUAAUCGGCGUCUACAAGGUCAACCAUAAGACCAAGAGCGUGACGAUCGAAAAUAGGGACUAUAUCACGGGACGGUGAUCAUUCCAAAUUUGCUAGGCUACAUGUUUGACGAAGCUGUCUUUCCAUUUCUUUCUUCCUCUUCUUGUUGUCCAUUAUGCUAGGGUUAUUUGUCUGUUAGUUCAUUAUUGUUGUUGGCUGGCUGCUAAGGUAUUCUAUAUUCAUUGGGAGGUACCGGUACCUAGUUUGGUUGCGUUGAAUUAUCUAUUUGCUACUUUUCUCACAUUCAUAUUCACAUAUUGUCUUCCUUAUCUAUCUUUACUACUAUUACUUCUUCUUCUUGUCAUAUAAUGUGCAACGUACCAAUGGUAUAUGAUAU